AUGCGCCCCGCGUGUUGUUCCGUAGCCGUAGCCGCGAGCUGUUUGCAGCAUUUUCUUCUGCAGAUCCUCAAACCCCGCCGUUCCUGCACCGUUUUCCUGCAUCUUUUCUCCAUCUUCCCGGUCCUGCUCGGAACCAGCCCCGGUUCGGACCCCUCCCUCCCUCCCGGCACAGAGCCCUGGAACCCCCGGUCGAGUUCAGCCGAACAGCGGACACCUUUGUUGGCGCAGCAGCGAUGGCGGCGACCGUGGAGGAGCUUUACCGGAGCUACGGCGUCCUGGCGGACUCGGAGACCCCUGGACAGCACAAAGACUCGUACCAGAACAUCCUGGACGGCGUGAAGGGCGGGCCCAAGGAGAAGCGUCUGGCCGCUCAGUUCAUCCCCAAGUUCUUCAGCAGCUUCCCCGAGCUGGCCGACGCCGCCAUCAACGCCCAGCUGGACCUCUGCGAGGACGAGGACGUGUCUAUCCGGAGACAGGCCAUCAAGGAACUGCCCAGAUUUGCUACGGGGGAAAAUAUCUUCAGGGUGGCCGACAUCCUCACACAGCUGCUGCAGACCGAUGACACGGCAGAGUUCAACCAGGUGAACGCGGCGCUGAUCUCCAUCUUCAAGAUGGACGCCAAGGGGACCCUGGGCGGGCUGUUCUCCCAGAUCCUGCAGGGCGAGGACGUCGUCCGGGACCGAGCCGUCAAGUUCCUGUCAGGCAAACUGCGGACGCUGUCGGAGGAGGUGAUGACCAAGGAGGUGGAGGAGUACGUGUUCACGGAGACCAAGAAGGUGAUGGAGGACGUGACGGGGGAGGAGUUCGUGCUGCUGAUGCGGGUGGUGUCGGCCCUGCGGGUGCUGCAGACGGUGAACGGGCGGCAGCAGCUGGUGGAGCUGGUGGUGGACCAGGCCGACCUGCAGCAGGCCCUGAACCCGGCCGACCCCGACGCCGUGGACCGGCUGCUGCAGUGCACGCGCCAGGCGCUGCCGCUGUUCUCCAAGAACGUCCACUCCACCCGGUUCGUCACCUACUUCUGUGAACACGUGCUGCCCAAUCUCAGCGCUCUGACCAGCCCGGUGGCCGAGCUGGACCUGCAGCUGGAGGUGCUGAAGCUAUUAGCAGAAAUGUCUCCGUACUGUGGAGACAUGGAGAAGCUGGAGAGCAACCUGCUCAUGCUGUUCACCCGGCUGCUGGAGUUUAUGCCGCUGCCGCCGGAGGACGAGAACGGAGAGAACGCGGCCGGAGAAGAGCCCAAGCUGCAGUUCAGCUACGUGGAAUGUCUGUUGUUCAGUUUCCACCAGCUGGGGAAGAAGCUGCCCGACUUCCUGCUGGACAAGGUGGACGCAGAGCAGCUGAAGGACUUUAAGAUCAGGUUGCAGUACUUUGCCCGGGGCCUGCAGGUUUACAUCCGACAGCUGCGUGUGGCGCUGCAGGGGAAGACGGGCGACGCCCUCAAGACGGACGAGAACAAGAUCAAGGUGGUGGCGCUGAAGAUCACCAACAACAUCAACAUCCUCAUCAAGGAUUUGUUCCACAACCCUCCGUCCUACAAGAGCACCGUCACUCUGUCCUGGAAACCCGUCCAGAAGACGGAGGCCGCCGCGCCCAAGCGCCCGUCGGGGGAGGAGCUGGGCUCGGGCAGCACCAAGAAGCAGAUCCCCCCCCUGCCCCGGAGAGACGCCCGGCAGAUCUACAACCCCCCCAGCGGCAAGUACAGCGCCUCCAUCGGCAACUUCAGCUACGAGCAACGCGGCGGCUUCCGGGGAGGACGUGGGCGGGGCUUCGGGGCGCGAGGUGGGCGGAGCCGAGGCCGGAUCUACUGAGCCGGACCAGGACCAGGACCUCGUCACCGGGUCGUUGGUCCCCCGGGGGUCCGGAGCCGCUGCCACUUUUCUACCGCCAGGCGUCGGUCCUGCGGCUCCGGCAUCGGUCCUGUGGCCCCGGCAUCGGUCCUGCGGCCGGUCCACCGGUCCAUCGGUCUACCAGUCCACCGGUCCAUCGGUCCUGCAGACGGACGUCCACGUGUUCAGGGGGGGGUUUUAUUGUUGUUUUUUUUUGUCACAAAUUUUAAAGUUUGUGUAUUUUUGUUGAACAAAAACAGACUGCCGAGUUGACGAGUGUUUGUGGAUCCUCUUGUUUUGUAACGUGAUGACGAAUGACCCGUUUCUACCGUUUUAUUUAAUCCUGUUGUUUUUACCGGAGCUCCGUCUGAUUGGCUGCCUGUUCUUUGUAUGACGACGCCGUUUACUUGGAUUUUUAUCAUAAACUUCUGUGGAAGGAAA